AUGUUCGGUUCUCAAUGCCCUUUCAGCUCAUAAACUGCUAUAUUAGUAAGUGUCUAUUGUGGAUUCAACCCAACUGGUCAUUCAUUCCUUUUGGGUAAUUUUGUAUCAAUCCUGAAUCUGGAAAAGCUUGCCUAAUUAGACUUCUUCUAACCUAUUGCAAUAGUGGGAUAUGCAACCAUCUAAUUGGGCUACCCUAGUUUUAAGAUGAAGCAAUCAAAGAGGUCAGAUUUGAUUGCGAUUUAAGAGAAUUUUUAUACAAAAAUAGGAAUUAAUUAGGAUGCACGUAUAGGAAUAUUACAAAUCAUGGGAUAAUGGAACAACCAUUACUAAUCCAGGAUACCAUGGUUUUUUAGAGACGGAAAAUUGAUUGAUUUAGUUUCUAUAUUCAGAAUGAUUAGUUUAUUAAAUAAAGAUCACAUAUUUAAGGGGUUCAACAAUGGGGAUGAUAGUUUCAAUUGUACAAAGUUAUGA